UUCCGGCAAAAAAAAAAUUAAAAGAAAAUCAAAACCAUGGCCGCCGGAGUUAUUGUGACACUUCUCACUAUCACUCUUGUUUCAACAACAGCCGUUGGAUUUGAUUCUUGUGUUUCAGACAAAGGCGAUCCCGAGGAUCUCUCAGUCAUUCACAUCUACGGCAAAUGCUCGCCGUUCAACGCUCCCAGCCCUUCUUCUUCGUGGGCAAAUACUGUUAUUAACAUGGCGGCUAAGGACCCUGAGAGGCUCUCCUAUUUGUCCAGUUUGGUUGCCCAAAGGCCCACGUCAGCGCCCAUUGCUUCUGGGCAAAAUGUUUUGAAUAUUGGGAACUAUGUGGUUCGGGCCAAGAUUGGGACGCCGGGCCAGCUCAUGUUUAUGGUGUUGGAUACGAGUAGUGAUAAUGCGUGGGUCCCAUGCAGUGGUUGUUAUGGUUGUUCAUCCGCCGUGUUUGCGCCUAACGCGUCGGCGACUUACGCUUCGAUGGAUUGUACAUUGCCGGAGUGCACUCAAGUCCGGGGGCUCGCCUGCCCGUCCGCCGGCGCCGGCGCCGGAGCUUGCCUCUUUAAUCAGUCCUACGGCGGCGACUCGUCGUUCUCCGCCACGCUGUCGCAUGACUCGCUUAGACUCGGGACUGAUAUUAUCCCGAAUUAUGCUUUCGGGUGCAUUAAUGCGGUUUCCGGCAAUAAUGUCCCGCCGCAAGGGCUAUUGGGCCUGGGCCGGGGAUCCAUGUCGUUGCUCUCGCAAUCUGGGCCGCUUUACUCGGGGGUGUUCUCGUACUGUUUGCCCAGUUUCAAGUCCUAUUAUUUCUCGGGCUCGCUCAAGCUUGGCCCAUUGGGCCAGCCCAAGAACAUACGGACCACCCCGCUUCUCAAAAGCCCACACCGUCCCUCACUAUACUAUGUGAACCUCACUAGUGUGAGUGUGGGGAGGGUAACUGUUCCCAUUGCCCCGGAGCUUCUGGCCUUUGACCCGGUCUCUGGAUCAGGUACCAUCAUAGACUCGGGCACGGUUAUAACCCGGUUUGCUAAACCCGCUUAUGAAGCGAUCCGGGACGAGUUCAGAAACCGAGUCUCGGGCCCAUUUAGCACCAUAGGGGCGAGACUCCCAUUUAGCACCAUAGGGGCAUUUGACACAUGCUUUGCAGUGACACAUGAGUCUGUUGCACCAGCCAUUACCUUCCACUUCCAAGGAUUGGACUUGGUGUUACCUAUGGAGAACACUUUGAUUCAUACCAGUGCUGGGAACUUGGCUUGCUUGGCAAUGGCGGCCGGGAACUCUGUGUUGAAUGUGAUAGCCAAUUUGCAGCAACAGAAUCUGAGGAUUUUGUUUGACACUGCAAACUCUCGCCUGGGAAUUGCUCGUGAGCUUUGUAACUGAGAUGUCAGGGGUCAAAGAGAACCAAAGAUCAUCUCUUUCAGUCUUUCUGUUACAUUAUUGUUGCAAUGAAAUCAAGUAAAAAGUAUAUA